GGGGCAAUCUGAAUGAGCAAGGUCAGUUCAUCUGAUCACAAUCUCCAGAAGUAGCUAAGAAAAAAAGUUGUGAUCUCGGGCGAUGAAUUUCCACCAUGGCCUCGGUCAGCCGUUCAAGAUAUUCUGCCGUGCCGAUGAGGGUUACUGCGUGACCAUCCGGGACGACUCUGUUGUUCUCGCACCCGCAAACCCCUUUGAUGACUACCAGCACUGGUACAAGGACAUGAGGUAUGCCAGCAGCGUGAAGGACGAGGAGGGCGCGCCGGCGUUCGUCCUCGUCAACAAGGCCACAGGGGAGGCUAUCAAGCACUCCCAUGGCCGGUCCCACCCUGUGAAGCUUUCGCCAUACAACCCAGACGACCUGGACCUGGACGAAUCUGUACUGUGGACGGAGAGCAACGACGUCGGUGAUGGUUUCCGCUGCAUCCGCAUGGUGAACAACAUCUACCUCAACCUUGACGCCCUUCAUGGCGUUGAGGACCAUGGAGGCGUUCGUGACGGUACAGUGGUGGGUCUCUGGGAGUGGCACGAGGGCGACAACCAGAGUUGGAAGAUCUUGCCAUGGGGGGGCGAGGCCUACAACCCGCCUGCACCAUCCUACGGCAACAGCAGCCUGCCCGUUGAACUUGCCGAACAACGCACUGUGCGCAUCUUCUGCAAGGCUGACGAGGAGUACAGCAUCACUGUGAGAGAUGGCACAGUCUGCCUCGCGCCUACUGACCCCUCGGACGAUUACCAGCACUGGGUGAAAGACAUGAGGCACAGCAGGGAUAUCCAGGAUGAGGAAGGGUUCCCUGCAUUUGCCCUGGUGAACAAGGCCACCGGUGAAGCCAUCAAGCACUCACUUGGCCAAAGUCACCCAGUAAAACUGGUGCCGUAUGACACACAAGAGAUUGACGAGUCGGUCUUGUGGACCGAGAGCAAGGAUGUUGGUGACGGAUUCCGCUGCAUCCGUAUGGUGAAUAACAUCUACCUUAACUUUGAUGCCAUGCACGGGGACGAGGACCAUGGAGACAUCCGUGAUGGUACAGAGAUUGUGCUCUGGGAGUGGUGUGAGGGUGACAACCAGAGCUGGAAGAUCCGCCCAUGGUGACUCAUGCUUACUAAAUGCUGGGAAUGAUAUUUUCAUGGUCUGAAUAAAACCGUUUCAGCUCUGCGCCAGUUACAUCCUUACUACCUAUUUUGUCAAAUAAAACAUGGCAUGAUGCCAGAUCUAUUGCUUUACUGUUAGGUACUUUCAGUUUAAUUUUUCCUGUCGUGUGAGAGAUUGUUAAUUGCCCCUGAUGGGCAAGAUGGAUCAAUUAGCUCCAUUCACCAUUAUGACAUUUGUCUUAGAGUAUUCAGUUGGCUUUCUUUCCUGUAUUUCGGUGUCCAUCAUGAAUUAAAUAACUUCAUGAAAGAUGUUAUUUUCUUU